AUGCCAGCGUCCAGGCCAGGUAGGCUGCAUAGGAAGGGCUGUAACCUGGCCCGUAGGACCCAGAGACAGGCCACAGCAGCCUGGAGGCUCCUCUACAGACUGCUCUUCAUGGUGAGUAGGACAGAGAGGGAUUGAGAUCGAGAGGAUUGAUGAUGGCCGUGGGAGUAGAGUUGACCGUUUAAAGAGGGAAGGACAGCGGUAGUGGGUAUAUGGGGUUCUUGUGUGGCAAUGGCUAUCAACCUCUAUGGCUCAACAUGUUUUAGGGCUGUAGGGGUUGUGACAGAUGUUGAAACUAUUCCUCAUGGUGAGAGGGAGAGAAAGAUGUCUGGCUUUACAACAGGGAGAGGAGAUUGGUUGAUAGUGCCGAGUUCCGAGUGAGGUGUCCAAUUUGGGCUAAUUGACCGGAUAGGAUUCAGCUCAUUCUACCUAGCAUUCCCACAGGCUUCAUGGUUGUUCAAUCAGAAAAACCCAGACAGUUCUUGGUUUAGUUCUGGGUUAACCGAGGGAUGGAGAAUUGAGACUAGCGCUGUCAGAUGUGCUUGUCCUUUCUGCGGCUGCAGCCCUGUCUCCUGCUUUCCGCUCCCCCUCUCCUGCCUCCACGGCUCCCGAGCCGGCUUUGCAGGUCUUAAUUGGAUAUUUGGGUUAGUCGUCAGGCGUUCGGCGUUCGGCUCAGACUGUGUUGUUGGGAUUGUUGUGUGAGACAGAGACUUCUGAGUCAUGUCUAUGUCUCUCUCUCUCUCUCUCUCUCUUUUCCCCUAGUCACGCUCUUACAGGUCGCUCUUAUUAAGAGCUGAUGAAAAGUCAUGCUGCGAGACAGGGAGAAUCCCUGUGUGUGUGUGUGUGUGUGUGUGUGUGUGUGUGUGUGUGUGUGUGUGUGUGUGUGUGUGUGUGUGUGUGUGUGUGUGUGUGUGUGUGUGUGUGUGUGUGUGUGUGUGUGUGUGUGUGUGUGUGUGUGUGUGUGUGUGUGUGUGUGUGUGUGUGGUUUCUCCAGAUCCUCUGUAGGCCCCCCAGUGACUGCAGCAGCAGAAACAAACGGCAGGCGAGAGCCCCACACAAUUACUGCUAUCUGUCUGUGUGAGGCAGGUUUGCCUCUGAACUGCUGCAGGGUAUUUGAAUAAUAUGUCAACAUGAUAUUCUUCAACCCUUUUUCCUCCUUGAGCUGGUCUCCCAGCCUUUCAGCUGCAAUAUGGAGGAGCUUUGGUCUGUGUUAGUGUGUGGGUGAAACAUAUCCACUACAUUCAGUGUGUGUGCCUGUGUGGGUGGAUGCCGAUGCUCGCCUGCAUGUCUGAGUCUGUUAUUUUGUGUAUCUACAGCAGUAUAGAAUCCAGUCAAUGUGAUGCUCUCCUCUCAGUAGCGCAGUGGGACAGCUUAGUCUCAGUGUAAUUAUCAUUGCUCACGCAGAGACCCAGAGCUGCUGGCUGGGUGGUCCUGUCUAGAGGCCAGCCUACCCCAGGCCUGAAUCCUCUUCCCCUCAGUGGGGCCCUGAGCCACCAGCCCCCUAAUCCCAGCCCCGUGCCAUAGCUAUACUUCUCCCACAGUGCUGCCCAGUGACUUCUCUGUCCUCUCUACAGAUUAGUAUUGAAGCUGCUUUGGCAACCUGUCUCCUGAGUGGUCAUGCUAUAAUUAGCUAACCGAUGAGCUGCUGGCUUAAUAGAGGACUUGAUUUGUCCCCUGUCUCUGUGGGUGACUCAGUCAGGCUUUAGACACUGGCUGGGUCCUGCUGGGUUGUUUUACAGUGUAUUGAUUUGUAUGGUGUGUGUGUGUGUGUGAAUGUGUGUAUGUAUGUGUGCGCUGUGCAAUAUUUAUGGUGACAAGCAGGGUAUAUUUUAUGAGACUUGCUUUUUUUGUGUAACGAUCAGCGUUUCUCUCCCUCAAAUACACACGUUCUCUCUCUCUCAUGUACGCACACACACACACAAACACACACACACACACACACACACACACACACACCUGUCAGUACUGGCACUGUAGAGAUACUAGAACUAUAGGAGCCAAUCACAGCCCUGAGCCGAUCACACAGCUAUGACUGUGUGAUACUGAAUACUGGUUAAGUUGCGCUCUAAGCUGUGGUUUAGUUUUGUGUGCUUUGUACUGUAUGACAGCUUCUUAUGGUGAUUGAUGGGGAUAUUGUUUUUGAUUGACAUACAGUGCAUUCGGAAAGUAUUCAGACCCCUUGACUUUUUCCACAUUUUGUUACGUUACAGCUUUAUUCUAAAAUCAAUAAAAAAAACAAAUCAUCGUCAAUCUAUACACAAUAGCACAUAAUGAAAAAGCAAAAACAGGUUUUUAGAAAUUUUUGCACAUUUAUAAAAAAAUAAAUUAAAUAAAUACCUUAUUUACAUAAGUAUUCAGACCCUUUGCAAUGAGACUCGAAAUUGAGCUCAGGUGCAUCCUGUUUCAUUGAUCAUCCUUGAGAUGUUUCUACAACUUGAUUGGAGUCCACCUGUGGUAAAUUCAAUUGAUUGGACAUGAUUUGGAAAGGCACACACCUGUCUAUAUAAGGUCCCACAGUUGACAGUGCAUGUCAGAGCAAAAACCAAGCCACGAGGUCGAAGGAAUUGUCCGUAGAGCUCCAAGACAGGAUUGUGUCGAGGCACAGAUCUGGGGAAGUGUACCAAAAAUUUCUGCAGUAUUGAAGAUCCCCAAGAACACAGUGGCCUCCAUCAUUCUUAAAUGGAAGAAGUUUGGAAACACCAAGACUCUUCCUAGAGCUGGCCGCCCGGCCAAACUGAGCAAUCGGGGGAGAAGGGCCUUGGUCAGGGAGGUGACCAAGAACCCGAUGGUCACUCUGACAGAGAUCCAGAGUUCCUCUGUGGAGAUUGGAGAACCUUCCAGAAGGACACCCAUCUCUGCAGCACUCCAACUCCUCAGUAAAGGUCACAUGACAGCCCGCGUGGAGUUUGCCAAAAGGCCCCUAAAGACUCUCAGACCAUGAGAAACAAGAUUCUCUGGUCUGAUGAAACCAAGAUUGAACUCUUUGGCCUGAAUGCUAAGCGUCACGUCUGGAGGAAACCUGGCACCAUCCCUACGGUGAAGCAUGAUGGUGGCAGCAUCAUGCUGUGGGGAUGUUUUUCAGCGGCAGGGACUGGGAGACUAGUCAGGAUCGAGGGAAAGAUGAACGGAGCAAAGUACAGAGAGAUCCUUGAUGAAAACCUGCUCCAUAGCACUCAGGACCUCAGACUGGGGCGAAGGUUCACCUUCCAACAGGACAACGACCCUAAGCACACAGCCAAGACAACGCAGGAGUGGCUUCAGGACAAGUCUCUGAAUGUCCUUGAGUGGCCCAGCCAGAGCCUGGACUUGAACCCGAUCUAACAUCUCUGGAGAGACCAGAAAAUAGCUGUGCAGCGACGCUCCCCAUCCAACCUGACAGAGCUUAAUAGGAUCUGCAGAGGAGAAUGGGAGAAACUCCCCAAAUACAGGUGUGCCAUGCUUGUAGCGUCAUACCCAAGAAGACUCGACGCUGUAAUCGCUGCCAAAGGUGCUUCAACAAAGUACUGAGUUUGUAAAAAUAUUCUACAAACCUGUUUUUGCAUUGUCAUUAUGGGGUAUUGUGUGUAGAUUGAUGACGGGGAAAAACACUAUUUAAUCCAUUUUAGAAUAAGGCUGUAACGUAACAAAAUGUGGAAAAAGUCAAGGGGUCUGAAUACUUUCCGAAUGCACUGUAGAUCUAUCUGGUAAGAUAACCAAGAUAAAAGUCCUUGUGAUCCUAGUAAGCUUUGUGUACAUGUUACUUUACUCCUGUGGUCCCUAACCUGUCUCUCUCUAUCGCCCCCGGUAGAGCGUGGAGACGGUGUGCACGCUGUACCACACCUUCCAAGAGGGCUCCGGGGGCCUGAUGGAGGGCCACAAAGACCCCCCGCACCCAGGGGCCGAGCCCACGUUGCUCAGACCCUGCCCCCGACAUAUGAGCGCCACCGAGAGGCUCCGCAAGGUCAUCCAGGAGCUGGUGGACACAGAGAAGUCCUAUGUCAAGGUAAUGAUUUGUUAUCUUAAUAUUAUGUUUGUUCAAGAUAAUGGCAGAUUUCCAUGAAACAGUCAAUUCAGUUGAGCCAGGUUGAGGAGAUCGAAAAGGAAAGGAAAGCCACUGAAUAGUCCCAAGACACGGUCUGUGUGGCCCUACCUACCUACCUACCGCAGAGCUGUAGCCUGCAUCAUUGUUUAUACUCUACAGUACACAGGCUCAUCAUUCAGAGGCCCUGUACAGCUCAAGUUUCUGUCACACCCCUUUUCUCAGAGCACAUUAAAGAGCUCCUUUCAUGAUCUCCACCUCGUCUCUUAAUGCCUGUCAGCCCUCUCUGUCUCUCUCUCUCUCUCCAUCUCUCUCUCUCCGGGCGGCGGUGGGUGGGUGAUUUAUAAGAGGGGAGGAGAACGCCUUCCCAGCGUCCUCUGCAGCGGCUGUAACCAUUUGUCUGUGAUGUGCUGCGUUGGCUGUGCGGCGGGGGCCGUAAAUCAGCCUAAUAGGAAUAUCACCAGUGAAGCCCUGACGGGCCGCAGCCACAUUAAAACACAGGGAGGGAGAAAGGAAGAGGAGGAGAGAAAAGAAGAAGAGGAGGAGAGAAUGAAAGGGAAAGAUAACGGAUCACUUUUGAGUAACUGUUGAUACUGAUACCAGCCCUGUGAUGCAGUGGUGGUGUUGUUGGAUUCCCUAUCACUAACCCAGCUCAUGUCUUUUUCUUAUUUUUGUCUGUAUAUCUGUCUUUCCUUCCUCCAGGAUCUGAGUUGCCUGUUUGAGAUCUACCUGAAGCCCCUGCAGAACGAGACCUUCCUAACCCUGGACGAGGUAGAGGAGGGAGCCCUGGGAUGAGGGAGGGAAGGUGUUUGGUGGGAUGGGUGGAGUUGAGGUUUGUGGGAUGGGAGGGGGGGGGGCGGGUGGUUGGUGGGAUGGGAGGGGGGGGGGGGGAGGAGGGGUUGGUGCAACGGGAGAGGGGGUUUGGGUGGAGGAGGGGGGGGGUUGGUGGGAUUGGUGGAGGGUUGGGGGAUGGGAGGGGGGUUGGUGGGAUGGGUGGAGGGGUGGAUGGGGGAUGGAAGGGGGACCUCAGUCUCAGGACGACGCUCUCACAGGAGAGAUCCAUCGAUACACACUGAGCAGUGGGGCUGAUUAAACCACCAUUAACGGACACUCAGACGUGUCUAGGCACACAGCGGACAAGAGAGCAAGACACUCUGAACACCUUUUAAUGUUGGUGUGGGAGAGCGAGAGGGUGUGGGAAGGUGAGCGCGAGAGACUGUGAGAUUAUGCUAUUUGUCCCUAAACAGAGAGUACACAGUGGCAGAAUACCUGAACACUGUGACUGACCCAAAAUUAAGGAAAGCUUUGACUAUGUACAGACUCAGUGAGCAUGGCCUUGCUAUUUAUUUUUUAAGAGGUGUAGACAAGCUGAAUGUACCGAGCUGUCUGUUUGGAAUGCUGGCACACAGCUCGGACACCCAUGCAUACCCCACGAGACAUGCCACCAGAGGUCUCUUCACUGUCUCCAAGUCCAGAACAGACUAUGGGAAACGCAGAGUACUACAUAGAGCCAUGACUACAUGGAACUCUAUUCCACAUCAUGUAACUCAGUCAAGCAGUAAAAUCAGAUUUAAAAAACAGAUAAAACUACACAUUAUGGAACAGCGCGGACUGUGAAGAGAUACAGUGAGGGAAAAAAGUAUUUGAUCCCCUGCUGAUUUUGUACGUUUGCCCACUGACAAAGACAUGAUCAGUCUAUAAUUUUAAUGAUAGGUUUAUUUGAACAGUGAUAGACAGAAUAACAUAAAAAAAAUCCAGAAAAACGCAUGUCAAAAAUGUAAUAAAUUGAUUUGCAUUUUAAUGAGGGAAAUAAGUAUUUGACCCCUCUGCAAAACACGACUUAGUACUUGGUGGCAAAACCCUUGUUGGCAAUCACAGAGGUCAGACGUUUCUUGUAGUUGGCCACCAGGUUUGCACACAUCUCAGGAGGGAUUUUGUCCCACUCCUCUUUGCAGAUCUUCUCCAAGUCAUUAAGGUUUCGAGGCUGACGUUUGGCAACUCGAACCUUCAGCUCCCUCCACAGAUUUUCUAUAGGAUUAAGGUCUGGAGACUGGCUAGGCCACUCCAGGACCUUAAUGUGCUUUUUCUUGAGCCACUCCUUUGUUGCCUUGGCCGUGUGUUUUGGGUCAUUGUCAUGCUGGAAUACCCAUCUACGACCCAUUUUCAAUGCCCUGGCUGAGGGAAGGAGGUUCUCACCCAAGAUUUGACGGUACAUGGCCCCGUCCAUCAUCCCUUUGAUGUGGUGACGUUUUCCUGUCCCCUUAGCAGAAAAACACCCCCAAAGCAUAAUGUUUCCACCUCCAUGUUUGACAGUGGGGAUGGUGUUCUUGGGGUCAUAGGCAGCAUUCCUCCUCCUCCAAACACGGCGAGUUGAGUUGAUGCCAAAGAGCUCGAUUUUGGUCUCAUCUGACCACAACACUUUCACCCAGUUCUCCUCUGAAUCAUUCAGAUGUUCAUUGGCAAACAUCAGACGGGCCUGUAUAUGUGCUUUCUUGAGCAGGGGGACCUUGCGGGCACUGCAGGAUUUCAGUCCUUCACGGCGUAGUGUGUUACCAAUUGUUUUCUUGGUGACUAUGGUCCCAGCUGCCUUGAGAUCAUUGACAAGAUCCUCCCGUGUAGUUCUGGGCUGAUUCCUCACCGUUCUCAUGAUCAUUGCAACUCCACGAGGUGAGAUCUUGCAUGGAGUCCCAGGCCGAGGGAGAUUGACAGUUAUUUUGUGUUUCUUCCAUUUGCGAAUAAUCGCACCAACUGUUGUCACCUUCUCACCAAGCUGCUUGGCGAUGGUCUUGUAGCCCAUUCCAGCCUUGUGUAGGUCUACAAUCUUGUCCCUGACAUCCUUGGAGAGCUCUUUGGUCUUGGCCAUGGUGGAGAGUUUGGAAUCUGAUUGAUUGAUUGCUUCUGUGGACAGGUGUCUUUUAUACAGGUAACAAACUGAGAUUGGAGCACUCCCUUUAAGAGUGUGCUCCUAAUCUCAGCUCAUUACCUGUAUAAAAGACACCUGGGAGCCAGAAAUCUUUCUGAUUGAGAGGGGGUCAAAUACUUAUUUCCCUCAUUAAAAUGCAAAUCAAUUUAUAACAUUUUUGACAAGCGUUUUUCUGGAUUUUGUUGUUGUUAUUCUGUCUCUCGCUGUUCAAAUAAACCUACCAUUAAAAUUAUAGACUGAUCAUUUCUUUGUCAGUGGGCAAACGUACAAAAUCAGCAGGGGAUCAAAUACUUUUUUCCCUCACUGUACACACACACACACACACACACACACACACACACACACAGGCACACACACAGCAGGCACGCAAACACAUGCUAACACACGCACUCUACACACACACAUUUUAAUAUUGUUAUUUUGCUGUAUUUUAGAUUUUGUAUUGUAAAUAUGUUAUGGUAGAGUAGUGUGUAAUAAGGUGUUGUGAUAUGUAUUGUUUUAUUGUAUGUAAAUUGUGGUUGGACCCCAGGAAGAGUAGCUGCUGCCUUGGCAGCCGCUAAUGGGGAACCGUAAUAAAUACAAAAACAAAUACAAAUUGAGAGAGGCCGCCGUAGGCAGACCUGGCUCUCAAGGGAAGACAUGCUAUGUCCACACUGCCCACAAAAUGAGGUGGAAACUAAGCUGUACUUCCUAACCUCCUGCCAAAUGUAUGACCAUAUUAGAGACACAUAUUUCCCUCAGAUUCUCAAAGAAUUCGAAAACAAAUACAAUUUUGAUAAACUCCCAUAUCUAUUGCGUGAAAUACCACAGUGUGCAAUCACAGCAGCAAGAUUUGUGACCUGUUGCCACAAGAAAAGGGCAACCAGUGAAGAACAAACACCAUCGUAAAUACAACCCAUAUGUAUGUUUAUUUAUUUUCCCUUUUGUACUUUUGCACAUCAUUAUAAUACUGUACGUAGCCAUAAUAUGACAUUUGAAAUGUGUCUAUUCCUUUGAAACUUGUGAGUGUACUGUUUACUUUUAAUUUUUUAUUGAUUGUUUCACUUUUAUUAAUUAUCUAUUUCACUUGCUUUGGCAAUGUAAACAAAUGUUUCCCAUUCCCUUUGAAUUGAAUUGAUAGGAAGAGAGAGAGGCUUUUCCUAAGUGCCUCUCACCUGAGACAUCAGAGGGGGAUGUUAACGAGUGACUGACUGCUGUAAAGAGAUAGCUAUCUCUGUCUCUGACUGAACGCUUUAAAGAGAUGGCUAUCUUUGUCUCUGACUGACCAGGCUCCUGUCUCUCCUUUCUUUCAGAUGGAUAGUCUGUUUGGCAGCCUGCCAGAGAUGCUGGACUUCCAGAGGGUCUUCCUGCAGACGCUGGAGGAGAGGAUCGCCUCUUCACCUGACUUCAGCACACUGGAAACCCUUGUGCAGUUUAAGGUAUGACACACAAACACACUGUUUGUGACCCUUGUGUUACAGCUGCCUCUGCCAAUCCAUCUCUUGUCAUACAUGUGUAAUAUGCACACUUACAGUGAGGGAAAAAAGUAUUUGAUCCCCUGCUGAUUUUGUACGUUUGCCCACUGACAAAGAAAUGAUCAGUCUAUAAUUUUAAUGGUAGGUUUAUUUGAACAGCGAGAGACAGAAUAACAACAAAAAAAUCCAGAAAAACGCAUGUCAAAAAUGUUAUAAAUUGAUUUGCAUUUUAAUGAGGGAAAUAAGUAUUUGACCCCCUCUCAAUCAGAAAGAUUUCUGGCUCCCAGGUGUCUUUUAUACAGGUAACGAGCUGAGAUUAGGAGCACACUCUUAAAGGGAGUGCUCCUAAUCUCAGUUUGUUACCUGUAUAAAAGACACCUGUCCACAGAAGCAAUCAAAUCUAACACAAUCAGAUUCCAAACUCUCCACCAUGCCCAAGACCAAAGAGCUCUCCAAGGAUGUCAGGGACAAGAUUGUAGACCUACACAAGGCUGGAAUGGGCUACAAGACCAUCGCCAAGCAGCUUGGUGAGAAGGUGACAACAGUUGGUGCUAUUAUUCGUAAAUGGAAGAAACACAAAAGAACUGUCAAUCUCCCUCGGCCUGGGGCUCCAUGCAAGAUCUCACCUCGUGGAGUUGCAAUGAUCAUGAGAACGGUGAGGUAUCAGCCCAGAACUACACGGGAGGAUCUUGUCAAUGAUCUCAAGGCAGCUGGGACCAUAGUCACCAAGAAAACAAUUGGUAACACACUACGCCGUGAAGGACUGAAAUCCUGCAGUGCCCGCAAGGUCCCCCUGCUCAAGAAAGCACAUAUACAGGCCCGUCUGAAGUUUGCCAAUGAACAUCUGAAUGAUUCAGAGGAGAACUGGGUGAAAGUGUUGUGGUCAGAUGAGACCAAAAUCGAGCUCUUUGGCAUCAACUCAACUCGCCGUGUUUGGAGGAGGAGGAAUGCUGCCUAUGACCCCAAGAACACCAUCCCCACCGUCAAACAUGGAGGUGGAAACAUUAUGCUUUGGGGGUGUUUUUCUGCUAAGGGGACAGGACAACUUCACCGCAUCAAAGGGACGAUGGACGGGGCCAUGUACCGUCAAAUCUUGGGUGAGAACCUCCUUCCCUCAGCCAGAGCAUUGAAAAUGGGUCGUGGAUGGGUAUUCCAGCAUGACAAUGACCCAAAACACACGGCCAAGGCAACAAAAGAGUGGCUCAAGAAGAAGCACAUUAAGGUCUUGGAGUGGCCUAGCCAGUCUCCAGACCUUAAUCCCAUAGAAAAUCUGUGGAGGGAGCUGAGAUGUGUGCAAACCUGGUGGCCAACUACAAGAAACGUCUGACCUCUGUGAUUUCCAACAAGGGUUUUGCCACCAAGUACUAAGUCAUGUUUUGCAGAGGGGUCAAAUACUUAUUUCCCUCAUUAAAAUGCAAAUCAAUUUAUAACAUUUUUGAUAAAAAUAAAUAUGUAUGCACUCACUAAAUGUAAAUCACUCACCCAUCACCCUGCCGCACUUUGAGAUAUAUAUAUUUAUUAUUGCGAGAUGUAACAGGUUCACGCAUGAUUGAUUUACCACAUUGACAUGGCAUCGUUUGUGGCGUAUUGAUUUUGCCAUUUUGCCAUUUUGCCAUGGAGAGUUGUAUCUUGAUAAAAGCACUGUACUCAGGGGUUAGAGAGGACAGGCCUGGGGGAUUUUAAACACUGUCCCGUGGGAGGGAGGUGAGAGUGGUCAGGUCACCACUUCACAUGUUCUCUCCAUCUCGCUCUCCUUCACACACUCUUACUCUCCCUCCAUCUCUCUCUCUCCUUCUCUCCUUCUCUCUCUCCUUCUCUCCUUCUCUCUCUCUCUCUCUCUCUCUCUCUCUCUCUCUCUUCUCUGUCUCUCUCUCUCUCUUCUCUGUCUCUCUCUCUCUCUCUUAUUCCAGAAGCUUCUCUUCUCUCUGGGUGGAUCCUUCCUGUACUACGCUGAUCACUUCAAGCUCUACAGUGGCUUCUGUGCCAACCACAUCAAGGUCCAGAAAGUUCUGGAGAGAGGUACGGGUCUCCCCUCUACCCACCACCCCCAACCUGCCCAAAAUACCUCCUUGCACCUCCAUUGCAUCAUCUCCACCAACCCAGCACUCUAUGUAAAUGACAUAGUUGACUAGGCGCCUAUGGUCCUGCAUCAAUAACUUACUCCAGUUAAAUGUCUCUGAAUGGAGCUACUUGCUUCGUGAAGUGAUGAUGUAAUUCCACUUUACUUCAACCUCUCCUCGUAUUCACUCUAUCAGUCUGGACUCCCACAUUCUCUUUCGUAUCAACUCAACUGUAAAUGGCUUCCCACUGUAAAACUGUGAAAGUGCCUAGGCUAGCUGAAGUCCCCCCAUUGUGCUGCACAGCUAACUAAGGCUGGUCUAUAAUGAGAGAAAGACCAUGAAAUGCUGACAGGGGGAGUGCUAGUAAUUUUGAGCAUCCCUGUUUAUAUGUUUGAAUAUAAAUGUUGAACAUAAUUUAUGCCCAUUAACGUUGGUCUCUUCCUCCGGUUUGGGCACGCUGCCCAGCGCAGAAUGAAUGAAAUCGAGCAGGCGGGGAAAUUGCACCCCUGUGCCUCUUAAAUUCUUCCCAUUACAAGAUUACACGUUGCAUUCCUAGAAGCAGGUACCGAAAUUGAGUUUUAAUAGUGCAGGGAGAAUCUUGCAAGCGGCGUUGCAUGUUCCACAACAGUCUCUGAUGAAGCAGAAUUAACUGGAGUAGGAAACAGCAGAGUAAACAUGCAUUAGAGCAGAACUCUGCAGCAGAGCACAGCACAUCCCAGUACAACAAAGCCUAGCACAGCGGAGCCCAACACAACUGAACGAGGGCAUUCACAGAGAAUCUGUGGGUGUCUGUCAGCGGUUCUAGUAAUUACAUGUUCUCGCUCUGCCAACGUGGUGCCAUGGCCUGGGUUCUCGCUCUGCCAACGUGGUGCCGGGCCCUGGGUUCUCGCUCUGCCAAUGUGGUGCUGGGCCCUGGGUUCUCGCUCUUCCAACAUGGUGCCAGGCCCUGGGUUCUUGCUCUGCCAACAUGGUGCCGUGGCCUGGGUUCUCGCUCUGCCAAUGUGGUGCCAGGCCCUGGGUUCUUGCUCUGCCAACGUGGUGCCAGGCCCUGGGUUCUUGCUCUGCCAACGUGGUGCCGUGGCCUGGGUUCUCGCUCUGCCAAUGUGGUGCCGUGGCCUGGGUUCUUGCUACGCACACACUUUUUGUGUUUACUCGUUAAUUGCCUCCCAAUUACUGUAUGAAGUGUCAAUGCAGCUGUCUGUCUGUGGCUCAGAGUGCUACAAUUAAUACUCUAAUGGCCUCUCAAUCCUUCCACACAGCGAGGUGGUGAGACAUGUCAACACCUGACCUCCAGGAUGCCUCUCAAUGUGUUACACUGCUACACUGUGCUUGAUUUUGACUGAAAUAGGUGCUGGUACUCAUUUUGGGUUCCAGUACUGUUUAUAUUUAGGUGCAUGAGCUCCACAAUACUUUUGAGCUAAUAUUCUAUAAGAGGAACAGGAGCUCAAGCAGUAGAACAUUUGAGGUGCCGGUACUCUGCUCUGGUGAGCUCCUGACCAAGCCAAGACAUUUACAUUUAAGUCAUUUAGCAGACGCUCUUAUCCAGAGCGACUUACAGUUAGUGAAUACAUUUUUUUUUUUUAUACUGGCCCCCCGUGGGAAUCGAACCCACAACCCUGGCGUUGCAAACGCCAUGCUCUAUCAACUGAGCUACAUCCCUGCCGGCCAUUCCCUCCCCUACCCUGGACAACGCUGGGCCAAUUGUGCGCCGCCCAUGAGUCUCCCGGUCGCGGCCGGCUGCGACAGAGCCUGGAUUCGAACCAGGAUCUCUAGUGGCACAGUUAGCACUGCGAUGCAGUGCCUUAGACCACUGCGCCACUCAGGAGCUUAAGACCACACAGCACCCAAUAUUAGACAUCUCUCCAUGCUAAACACACUGUGAAUGAAAAUCACUGCUGUGGUUAUUUUGAAUCAUAGUGUCUUUUGAAUGGUAGUGUUUGGAAUGGAGUGGCAGUCUCAUGUCCAAACCAUGUUUUACAGUGGCUACCUGCAGUGUUGCCAUGUUACUGCAGUGGUGAGGAGUAGCCUAUAUUGCCCCCAUGUGGACAAGUAUUAUUGCACCAAGAUACAGUGGUGGGUCUAUUUAGCGUCACUAAGCACAGUAAUCUAAGCGUGCUACAGUAUGAAAGAUGUGAUUGAACAACUUAUGUACAGGGCUUGGUAAAUAAAGUCUAAUGUUUGUUGUCUACAGCUAAGACUGAUUCGGCCUUUAAGGAGUUCCUGGCUGCGAGGAACCCUACGAAGCAGCACUCCUCCACCCUGGAGUCCUACCUGAUCAAGCCAGUCCAGAGAGUGUUGAAAUACCCUCUACUGCUCCGGGAGCUGGUUUCUCUCACAGACACAGACAGCGAGGAGCACUACCACCUCACAGGUAACUUGAAAACGCACGCACACACAGAUAUGCGCACACGCGCACACACAUUAACCCUUCCUUUCCCUCUUCUGUGCCCACAGAGGCCCUGAAGGCCAUGGAGAAGGUGGCCAGCCACAUCAAUGAGAUGCAAAAGAUCUAUGAGGACUAUGGUUCUGUGUUUGACCAGCUGGUGGCAGAGCAGAGUGGCCAUGAGAAGGAGGUAACUAUACUGUACUGUACCCUGCUCUACCCUCUUCUUCCCUUACAGCAGCUUUCAUCACUCUCCCUCACAUCUUCAAUCUAGCCACGUAGUUAGACUAAUACCAGCACAGCCUGAAUUUGCUGCACAACCAUUAGGAUCAAUUUAGUCUAUUCAGGAGAUCCUGGUGAUUUAUAUCUCUUACAUAAAACUGGUUGGAAAUAGUCAAGUUCCCGUAUGGAUACUUCCUCUUUAGAUACUCAACAAUCACCACACAUAAAGAAAACGUGUUUGUGCUAGACGAGUGGCCCUAGUCUCUGUACAGAUACAGUACUUAAUACGUCCCUCACACACUGACUGUGGACCAUGGCCUUUUCCUUCUCUCUCCCAGGUCACAGAGCUUACCAUGGGAGAAUUCCUCAUGCAUUCCUCUGUCAUCUGGCUCAACCCCCAUUCCUCUCUGGGCCGCAUGAGAAAGGACCCCGAGAUGACCGUGUUUGGUGAGUUAGAAAGACACUGUACCGCUACUGCGGCAUCAUGGGAAAGAGAGUGCCUGGCCCCUGCCAGAGGCUGGUAGCAGUCUGUCUCUGCCUGGACUCCACUGGCUUUAUACAAACACAUGUAAACACAACACAUUUUAUGACUAGCUAUUAGAUACAUGUAUUGUAUAUCUACCAAAAUAUUAAUGAUGCUGUUUAGUGUUACACCAGUAUAGUUUGGGGUUUUAUGGAUACACUGUAGUGCCAAUGUGCUGUAAACAGGAUGGAGUCCCUGUGUUCUCCCAAAGUUGUGCUCAAAGUUUUCUUCCUCUCUCUCAUCAGUGUUCAAGAAGGCAGUGAUACUUGUCUACAGGGAGAGCAACAAGCUCAAGAAGAAGAUGGUGAGUCCUCUCUCUCUCUCUCUCUGUCUUUCAUUAACUUUCAUAUGCCUUUGAUGCCAGCAGUGCCUAACAUCUCUCUCUCUCGUGUGUGUGCAGACCGCCUCUCGCUCGGCGCACUCCCAUGGAGACCUAGACCCCUUCAAAUUCCGCUGGCUCAUCCCGCUUUCUGCACUGCAGGUCCGGCUAGGGAACGCUACGGGUAAGAGAGCAAGACACACACACACACACACACACACACACACACAAACACAAACAGACUUACACAAUCAUUUACACAGACACACAACACACACACCCUUCUGGCUCUCAUUAACUACCAGAGAUCACAUUCUCUUGGAUAUUGAGUCUUUUGAAACUGUACUUAGAUGUCUUGAUUAAAAGGAUAUUCUCCAAUCCUCCUAAGGUACUGAGACUACUUGCAUCUGGGAGAUGAUUCAUACCAAGUCUGAACUGGAGGGAAGGCCAGAGACUGUCUUCCAGCUGUGUAGCAGGUAAAAGAGAGCAGUAGUUCUGACUGGAUCUAUAGCUCUGGUCCUUGAGGGCCACAGAGUAUCUUGGUCUUUCUUUAUCCUCUUAAUCAGAGACUGCCUUCUACAAGGUCAGGGGUUGCAUGGACUCUCUAGCCAAUCAGUGGUCCAUUGAGUGUCAGGGGGAAAUAAACAACAGCAGGACUGUGGUCCCAGAGAAGUGGUGUGGUGCCCUCCUGUCGUAGACUGUGUGAAUUAGCCCUGCUCUCUCAGAGCAUGGCACUAAAGACUCCCGCUGUCUCCCUCCGCAGUGUCCCAGAGUGCAAAGUGAACAUCAUCAAGGUCAUCCGCUCCAUCCUCCGGGAGAACGUCAAGCGGAACAUGCUCCCGGCCGAGAGGGGGUGUAAGGAGCGCCUCACGCCUUUACGCAGCACCCUGCCCUCCUCUGCCAGGAUAGGUGAGUCUCAUCCUUGCCUUGUUCCAAAAAUCACUUAAAAUAACACUGCUUCGAUUUUUUAUAUUUAGACAACAUGACCUUGACCUUAUAAGCACUCAUUGACUUACUGUACAUACAGUAGUGUUUGUGGCCAGAUAUUAGUGAAUGUAUUGCUCAGUUGGCAGCUCUCUCUCUCUCCUCCAUCCCCCACCAGGUUCAUCCAGACUCUCCUGGCUAUGUAAGCAGCCCCUGCUGGAUCUCCCCACCCCAGCCAGCACACUGAAACCUGGCCAGCCUGACUCUGACGAGGACAGCCUGAGCAGCGGCACCCACAGCUCCUCUGGAGUUCCCGCAGCUGACGGUCCCACACAGCCCAAGACAUUGCCCACCCGACAGGCCUGGUCUCGGGGCUCCCGGGGCGGCCAGCGGCCCUCUGGCUCCAGCUCCAUGAAGGAGUCAUACAUCCUGAGUGAUGAGGAUGAUGAGUUCAGUGAGGCUGGUGGAAAUCAGGAGGGGGGAGGGAGCUUCCCCACCUGCGCCAUUGAGGCCCAGUUUCUCAGUUUGAGGCUGUCAGAGGAGGCAGCUUCCUCCCGGGCGCCGGCCCCCCGCGUGCAGCCAGAGGGAGCCGAGGUGAACACCCCGGAGAGCCAGCCCAAGCUCGUUCGGGGCCACUUCUGCCCCGUGAAGAGGAAAGGCAGCAGCCUGCGGGCGCUACUGAGCCUGAGGGAACACAGCCGUUCCCUGGACAGCCAGACGGACCUGGCAGCCAUGGACCUCAGCGCUCUGCUGGAGAGAGAGUUCAGCGUACAGAGCCUUACCUCCGUGGUCAACGAGGACUGUUUCUACGACCCUACGGACACUGGCAGUGCCCCUAACUCCUCAUAG